AUGCAUAAAUUCGCUAAAACAAUUUUUGUGUUAGGAGGGCCGGCAUGUGGCAAGGGCACAGCCUGCAAAUCUGCUGAAAAAACUGGCAAGUAUUAUCACAUUUCAGCAGGAGAAUUGUUAAUUCCCCUCCUUAAAUGAAUAAAACUAUGGGAAAAAUCCCUUUUUGGGUAAGAACCCACCUCCGUGAGCAAAAAAUUUUUUUAUGAAAAAGAUUUUGAUAUAAAUGAUAAUUAUUAUAAUGAAAUCUCUAGAUAAUUCUGUUUAAUUUUAAACAGCUUGCAUUUUAAAACAUAAAUUUUGCAAAUAAAAGUCAUUUUUUUACUACUCAAUUUUUGCGUACUGGGAUUUUUUAAAUUUCAAAAAACAAAUUAUUAUAAAAUUUAUAUAAAAAAUUAAACCCUUAUGUGAUCAAACAAUUUUUUUUUCUCAUGGAGAGGGCGAGUAAGAGAGCAACUAAAUCCCGAGUUAUCAGCAAUAAUAAACCAGCACUUAUUAGAAGGAAAAAUCGUGCCAGCCAAAAUUACAGUUAAAUUGCUAGAGCUUAAGAUGAAAACUUUAGGCUGGAAUCAAAGGACAUUCUUGAUUGAUGGAUUUCCAAGAAACAGAGACAAUUACGAGACUUGGGUCAGUGAAAUGAAAGAAGCAGAAAUAGAGAAAGUGAUUUAUAUGAAUUGUGAUUACAAAACAACGAUGGAAAGAAUGAUAAGCAGGAACGAAGGAAGAGAAGAUGACAGUUUUCAAAUUUUAGAAAAGAGAUACAACACCUUCCUCACCCAGACCUUACCACUUAUUGAAGAAUUUAGGACGAAGAGAAUAUUAAGAGAAAUUGAUUGCUCAAAAACUAAAGAAGAGACAUAUAAUAACUUUAUUAAUGCUCUUAAUAACUAA